CAAUGUAUUUCCGGUCUUCUGUGACUUUCUGAGAAAAUCACCGGUGUGCGGUAUAUGCCACCUUGGAAAUUAGAGGUAAACCAAUAACACAGGAUGCAUCCAGAUCUGUCUCCUCACUUGCAUACAGAAGAAUGCAAUGUUAUAAUUGCUCGCUUAAAAAACUGUCAUUUGGAGCACAAUUUUCUGAGAUUUUUUGGAAAGUGUAAUGACAUUGACCGGGAAAUGCGACACUGCUUGAAGAAUGAGUAUGAGGAAAAAAGGACCAAAAACCGAGCCCUUUCUGACAAGAUGAAACAGAAAAUCAACAGCAAUGCUCAGAAACAGCUUUAACUGAAAUGGUGGCUUUGUGGGGAGUGCAGCCAGAGCAGGACGUGUACAUCGUGAGGUGAGGACUACAGAAAUGUGGCCAUUUUCUCAACAAACAUUUGGGAAUUAUAUAGCACAUGUGGAUUUUUAUUUGCUUUUACACUGUUGAGCCAUCCCCGUAAAAACUUGCAAAGACUUAUUUUAGGUCAACACGUAAACCUUAGCAGUGCUCAGUUAAGCAUUUCUUAAAACCUUUGGUAAAAGUGAACAUUUGCCUUCAUCACCAGAAUAUUUUGCCAUCAUUUUUGUAAUUCUUACAAAAGGACUCAAAAAAAGUCACGCUAAUCCUGCUGCUGGUCCUCAUCUCAGACAGUUUAUUUAAAACAGAUGUGUGGUUGCCUUUGAAUAAACUGUUUCAAUAUUAUGUUGAUAAAUUUCGGCAUUUAGUGUACAGAAUCAUAAAUAAAAGAUUUUCAGAUUUAUAUUCCAA